AUGGCCAGAAAGAUUCAAAUCGAGUUUAGCAGGAACUGUCCAGUGGUGUCCCAGGUCAACUCAUUAAUACAUUCAAUUGCCGGCAAUAAUAAGGAGGCAAAGAGAAUCCAACUCGAGUUUCUGGACACUCUCAGCCAUCUCUGUGACAAUAUACCAAUUGUUGGCCAUGGUAUAGGCUUAUACCACCUUGCCAAAGGAAAUUAUAAGCGCGCUGAAGAGUCCUUUCUCUUGUCCACUCGCUCAUUGGUCAUGAAUGGAGUCAUAAUGUUUAGUGGCGGUGUAGGCUACUUAGUCGCAGCUGGUAUUGCUAUUGUCGUUGGAGCGUCCUACGAUUGUAUGAUGACAUUAAUACAGACAUCUUCGCAUGGCAAGUUCAAACCAGUUGGAGUAGUCAAGGAUAUUGAUCACAUCAUUGAGGAGCACAAGAAGGGAAACUCAAUUGUCGUACCAGUGGUGAUGGCUAUUGCUGGAGUUGCAUUGGAUGGAGUAAGAGGAGUAUUGGAUGUUGGUAUCGAUCAUUUGGUCGCGUCCAUCCUCCACAAAGGUCUCUUGCCCUCAUCUCCAGUGCAAAUUAUUUCUGGCGACUUUGUUGGCCAGUCCAUUGCUGGUGGAGCCGUUCCAAAGAUCCAAUCUCAAGAUCUUGAUCUGGCAAGCAACAAGAAAGAGGAACAAGACGAAGAGAACCAAAUUCCUCUUCUAAAUGUUGAUGACUCCAACGAUCAUUUAAAGAAGAAUUAG